UAUUAAAUAAAUAAACAGUUCGUUUAAAAAUAAUCAUUAAUGCAUCGCGAAAAAGUCCUGCACUAGACUUUUGCACAUAUCUAUUGCUCCAUUCACUUUGCGGUAUCCUUCCAACCACUGGAAAUGUCUCGUCACACUCCCACAUCACAAGCGUACGGGAUUUUAACUGGAAGGCAAGAUCAUUGCCUUGCGUCAUUUCUUCGUGUAACGGUGCUGAUUGCGGGUGCCAAAGUUUUAUUGUUAAUUAUUUAUACAAAAAAGUGUUUAAAAGGAAACCAGAACACAGUGAUGAUCGUUUCGGUUUUUAUUAAUUUAAUAGUAGUGCAUAUUUUUAAUAUUGUGUUGUUUAUUUUAAUUCUCGGAAAAUGAUACUUGUCGGUUUAAUAAUUGAACAAAUCUGUGUUAUUUAAUACAUUUAAAAACAAAUAUUCCAUUAUUUGUGUCUUUUUAGAACUAUGCUUUUUCUUUUGGUUUUUUCUUCGUUAGCAUUACACGCCGCCAUCUUGAAUUGUUGGUUGCUUUCAUCUCCCACUGAUCUUCGCUGGAACGAAGACGGCGAAAAAUAAGAUUACCGAGAAUUAACACAAAUACUACAAAAAUCUAGAGUUAAACUUGUUAAUAGUGAAUUUCAAUUCAAGUAUUCAGAUCUAAUUCUUAAAUUAAGAUGGACUUCGGACUUUCGUGUAAAAAUAAGCAAUAAGAAAUUCGUAAUGCAUAAUGUUCGAUGUUAGGUGCCCCUCUCCUGACCUUGAAGUAGGAAUCGCCAUGGACAUGCAAUCGCAGCGCCCCAUAACGUCCGGCAGUAGGCAGGCUCCGGAUCCGUACGACCAGUACUUGGAAAGCCGCGGACUCUAUCGGAAACAUACGGCCCGGGACGCCUCCAGUUUAUUCCGGGUGAUCGCCGAGCAGAUGUAUGAUACCCAGAUGCUGCACUACGAGAUUCGUUUGGAGUGUGUCCGCUUCAUGACCUUAAAACGACGCAUAUUCGAAAAGGACAUUCCCGGUGAUUUCGAUAGUUAUAUGCAGGACAUGUCCAAGCCAAAGACUUAUGGAACUAUGACAGAGCUACGCGCUAUGUCUUACUUGUAUCAUCGCAAUGUGAUCCUGUAUGAGCCCUAUAACAUGGGAACCAGCGUCAUUUUCAAUCGUCGCUAUCCGGAAAACUUUCGGGUCUUCUUUAACAACGAGAAUCACUUCGAUUCUGUCUAUAAAGUGGAGUAUAUCGAAAACGCCGCCAUUUGUCAAUCGAUCGCCUUUAAGUUGCUGUACCAAAAGCUGUUCAAGCUGCCAGACGUAUCAUUUGCUGUGGAGAUUAUGUUACAUCCGCACUCUUUCAAUUGGGAUAGAUACGAUGUGCAGUUCGAUGACAAGGGCUAUAUGGUUCGAAUUCAAUGCUCCGACGGUCGAGUUUUUACGCUUGAUCUGCCAGUUAAAACCAACUGCAUAUUGGAGAACUAUAUGCUGUGCAAUUUUCACAACGGCAGUGCGAAUCAGAUUUAUAAUAGUCGAAAGGGAGGACGGCGGGAAUUGAAGCAACAGGAGCAGGAUCGAAAACAGACUGGCCACGAAUCGAAUGACCAGAUGCCUAUGUGUCCUAACCGAUUGGAGUCAUGUGUGCGUCAGCUUUUGGAUUAUGGCAUUACACCGUUCCCUUACAAGGUGGCCAAGUCCAUGGACCCCUUCAUGUAUCGAAAUAUAGAGUUUGAUAGUUGGAACGAUAUGCGAAAGGAGGCCAAGCGCUAUAAUGUCUAUGUCAAUGACUAUAACUUUAAGGUGGGCGCCAAGUGCAAGGUGGAGUUGGAGAACCAAUUGGAGAUGUCUACGUGUCACAUUCAAAACAUCUCCAAAGACAGGACCCACAGCGUCGUCUUUGUGGAGGCGAUUGGCAAAAAGCUAUGGGUUCCCUACGAAUCGCUGCAUCCCCUGCCGCCUGAAGAGUACCGUCCUUGGUCAUUGCCACUCCGCUAUCAGCGCCAUAUAAAUCGCAUGCCGAUGCCCAAGUUUACCGGAAAGGCAAACAAGACUUCCAAAUGGAAGAAGAAUAAGGUGUUCGAAAUGGGUCAGUACUUUGAGCCCAGCAAAUGUGAUUUGAUGCCGAUCCAGGGCUAUAUUCCCUUGGAGAAUUGCUAUCAGGAGGUUCACCAUCAAGAGGAUGAACACCGCGAACACAAAGAUCCUGAUCAGAAUGACCAAAAUCCGGUUGCGGAGCAACGGGAUCGUGAGGAGUCCCAGAAGCCCGAGCAGCAGCAGCGUCCGAAGGCACCAAGGGUUCAACGGCAGAGCUCCAAUUCUAGCCAAAACCAGGAGAUUCCGGUUUCUACUGCCCCACCCCCUCCACAAUAUAUGAACUAUUUGCCUCUGUUGGGAGGCCGUCCUGGUCAGGUUCCACCUCCUUGGCCUACGUCUCCGCUGGCUAUUUCCGAGGAAUUUCAAUAUCCCAUGGGUGGACCACCGCAACCUCCGCCAGCCGAAGGCUGUGUUUACAUGCCAUUUAGCGGUUAUGGCCCACCACCACCUGGAACUCUAGCCCUGCCGGGGCCGCAUUCAUUCUUGCCGCUUCCACAACCUCCGCUGAAUACUCCUGGUGUGGGCGAGCCCCGUCGUUCCCUUCAUCUGAAUGGCGAGGAUUUGCCAGUGGAUAUGAUCACUUUAAGAUACUUCUACAACAUGGGCGUUGAUAUGCAUUGGCGCAUGGCGCACCAAACACCGCCUGAGGAUCAUGCGACAUUCGCUUAUACUCAACUGAACAACACGGACCAACAGCAAGGAAGGAGUGGCCCCGGAGACGACCAUUUGGCUGCCGGAUCCACGCCACCACCUUCGCCAGAAUCGGGAAAUGCCCCGGAGCAGCCACCGCUGGAAAAAGCCAACUACACCAAGCGUAAUUUGAAUGUGGGAAAAAUCCGCGUUAAACGUCCGGAGCAGCUACAAGAUCUUAAGGAUCCACUGGGACCAGCGGCCUUUUUGCCCACGCCCACGCCCUCCCCGAGUUCGAAUGGCAAUCAUUUUAGUUACUACACUACGCCACCACCACAUCCCCUAAUGUCGCCGCCAAGGCUGCUCCAACCGCCGCCGCCACCGAUUUUCUUCCACAAGGCGGGACCGCCACAGUUGCCAGUGUCAUCUCCAGGACAGAAUCACUAUGCCUGGGGAAUGGCAGCUCCAGUGGUUGGCCCAUAUGAGGUGAUCACCAACAACUAUAAUAUGGAGUCGCCGGCACAGCCACAGCCACAGACGCCACAACAGCAGCAGACAUCGGCUUUGCCAACAGCUCCCGUGCCCACCCAAUCCCAGCCAGCAGCUGUCUAUGCUGCACCGCGUCAUCACUAAAACGAGGGGGGGAAACAGAACUACAGAUCACUUCGAAGAGAGAGGCCAAUUCCCAUUUGAUUGCGUUUAAUUCCAUUUCCAAUGACUUUUAAAAUUUAAUCUAACUUUUAAAUUUGUAGUCAACCUUUUAUAGGCCACCUGUUCGUCGAUGGUGCUCUUUCAUUAAUCAUUAUUCAACUUCUGUUCACAACAAUCGAUUGCAUAAUUCAGCGCAACUGUCAAUUUAACUUCAUUUUAAACUUGUAACUUAACGUAAUUUUAUGCGAUUUUUUUAAAGUUAGCAAAGGUAGCCGGCAUAAAAACAACGAACCACGUAUUUAUAUGAUUUAUUUAAAAAAAAAAAACUAAACAAACAAAAAACCCUUCCAACUAAAACACUAUAUAAUCUUACAUAUAUAUUUAUAUACUUGCUGAUCGGCUAGAGACUCACCUAUGUAAAGUGUUCAAGAAAAUUAACCAUAAAUAAAACAAGAUUCGAGAGUAACGCAAAA